CGGCCGUCACGUGACGUCAUUGAAGAGUCCGGAAGCGCGCGCACGUGAGCUUCGCAUUCGGCCCGGAGCCCUCAGGCUCCGCGGACACCGGCCAUGGGUCGCUCCCGCCGGACCGGCGCGCACCGGGCGCACUCCCUGGCCCGCCAGAUGAAGGCGAAGCGGCGGCGGCCAGACCUGGAUGAGAUUCACCGCGAGCUGCGGCCCCAGGUUCCCUCACGGCUCCGGCCAGACCCGGACGCCCAACCCGACCCCGACCUGCCAGGGGGCGGCCUGCAUCGCUGUCUGGCCUGCUCGAGGUACUUCAUCGAUUCCGCCAACCUGAAGACCCACUUCCGAUCCAAAGACCACAAGAAAAGGCUAAAGCAGCUGAGUGUGGAGCCCUACACUCAGGAAGAGGCUGAGAGGGCAGCGGGUAUGGGCUCCUAUGUGCCUCCACAGCGGCUGGCAGUGCCCACAGAAGUGUCCACUGAGGUCCCUGAGAUGGACACGUCUACCUGACAUGGCUUGAGGUUGCAUGGCACAGGAGCUGCCCCUGGACACUGAUGCAGAGCUAGGCUGGGAGAGACUGCCAGUCUUUUUUGGCCAUGGGUUUGUCAAGUGGAUGGCCUCUUCUGGGUGCCCUCCCCCUCAAAUAAAAGAACUGGAUAGAGA